AUGCCUCAUGAAUUUUUUUAUAAAACUAAAAAAUCAAAUGCACAUGUUAUGUUUAAAAUAUUCGGAAUAAAGAUUGAGAUAGCGCAUGUCCAACAGGAGAUAGCGAUAAAAAGCAAUUUCACUGCUGCUUUCACUUAUUCAUCUACAUUCACGUUUCUGAACGGAAAACAAAGCAUGCUAGGUAAACUUACAGUCUUGAACUCACUAACAGACGACAAAUGUCACAUCCAGGCUAAAAGGUUUAAAAUUUCUCCGAGCCACAAAGACGGAACAAAUAUGAGUUUGAUGACACAUUGUCGUUGUUCAGGGAAAAUAAGAAACAAAAAUCGUGGUUGGAUAAAUAAUUAA